GGAAUUUCUUUAUAAAGUUGAAUUUCUUUUCCUUCUUUUAUAAGAAACUAAAUAUCAAAGAUUAAUCUUCAGAUCGAAGCUAUUUGUGCUUCUUUGCCUUCGAACCUUGGGAUUUGCCUUCUUUUGGAUUGUUUGCAGACUUGUCUUACUGAUUGCGACAAGUCUUUAGGAGUUUCGGGUUUCUUUCUGGAUCAUAAUACUCUUCAUAUAUUGUCUAAUAGUUUAUUGGUUCAUCAAACUAUCUACAUCGAUCCUUCCUUUUUGAAGAGCGGCUAGCAUAUCCGACAAAACUCAAACCCACCUCCUGCCUCUUAUUUCGUACAUUACAAAACGGCCAUCACAACAACAACAAAAGCAAAAACAGCAAGAAUGCCUGCCAGCAGCAUCCCAACAAAAGGAGCAGAUGGUCGCAGGCUCAAAACAUGGGAAGUAGAAGCACAAGCCUCAGUUGACAUCAACAAAAACUUGAAUGACUUCCUUGAGCAUAUCAAAGACGAGCCACUUGGUCCCAGUCUUGCAGCCAUCGCAACCGAGUUGAGCAAAAUUUACGAAGACAACGAGAGGGAAACUCGACGAUUCACACACGAUCUACAAAAAAGGUUCCAGGAAGAAGGCGAGGGGUAUGAUAAAGAUGCUUUACAAUUUAUAAGGAAAUUGACCUCUGGUUUACAAUCUGGGCUUCACAGCUUGGAUAAGGGAAACCCCAUUCCAAAAGAAUGGUUUCAGCAGAUGGAUAAGGUACGUAACCUUUUUUUUAUCCUAUUUACUUGAGAGCGCCUUAAAGAGGACAAUCAACUAACUUUUGUUCUGUUUAUAGUGGUUAAAUGAACAAUCUAAAGUUAUCAGUCACAAAUUCAACCACAGAAAACAGAUUUUCACCAUAACCCUCACAAAGAAGUAUACAGAGGCCGAAAAAAAUCGACAAGCAACGCUUAUAAAUGAAGAACUAAUGCUCUUGAAGUUAUUCUGGAAAGUCAAAAGAUCUAUCGUAUGUUUUCCUUCCAAUUUUUUUCAUACCAGUCAAAAUUAACAAAGCAGCAGGAUGCAAAAGAACGUACAAUUGAAGAAGGAGCCAGCACUUUGGAACUUCAAUCAUCCGCUAAGAUAAUACCCACCAAGGCAAAUAACACUGGUUUUGCUGCGGCCCCUCGUACAAUUUUACCUUCUAGUCCUACUGGAGCGGUUUCUACUCCGAAUAAACAGAUGCCAGCAAGUCCGAAUAAGAAGCAGAAAACUACAGCUUACUAUGAUUUAACUGAGUCCCCUGAGCCGACGGAUAUUAGUUGGUGAUUGGAUGUACUGGCUAGUCCUAGAUGGAUUCGGGAAUGCUUGGAAUGAUUUUGCUGGUGUUGGUAUCGCUCCGGUGGUGCUACUUGCAUUGUACUAUUACAGUAUUUGUGGUUAUUCAUUCUUAAUUAUUACACCAUGAAAAGAAGGGGUCUAUUUAUAUUAAAGAGAAGGGCGCUAGAGUUCGCUAGUGGUACGGCUCCCUUUGUGACGCUAGUCACAUGUCGAUUAGUUUGCUGCUAUUAUUGAUAUCAUCUUGUUACUUCGGAUGAUUCUGAUGGGGUUUACAUGAUGAAUCGAUGUAUUUGUGAAUGAUAAGAUGAUUGAGAAUGAGGCUUUUUCAUUUCUGACCUUGAGAUUCCCACGUACUCUUUUGUCUUCCGAGCAUUCAUUGUAGUACCUAGCUAUAGAAUGAUAAACGGGACGAGAGAAUACUAAUAAUGUCCAGUUGGUCAUAAACAAGUCUUCAUCUAUUAUCAUCUUUUGUCCCCAUUCCAUUUGGAAGAAUAUUCCUAGCGGCUUCAAGCGAGAUGCUAUUCUCUGCACUGCGCCUCUAGUCAAAAUAUUUUCCUUCAGACAUACCGUACCAUAGAUGCCAAAUAUCUACUUGGACAUUGGCUCAU